UGGUCAUCUGAAGACGUGCUGCACCACUGCUCACCGCUCGAGCUGCUCGGGCCACUCUCACUGGCCUCUGUGGAGGAGGAGUGAAACAGCAUUGGAUGAUAGACAAACUACAGGACAACACAAUGGCUCAAGUGGACUCUGAGUUUGGUGUGAAGGGCGGCAGCAGCAUCAUCAGGGAAUGGAGUGGACAGGUCCAGCCCGCUCUGGUCGCCUCCUUUGUUUUCCUCUUCUUUCUGGAAGCCGGUCUGUGGGUCAGGAACCUCAGGCUCAAAAGAAGACUGCCGGGACCCUUCGCCUGGCCCCUGGUGGGCAACGCCAUGCAGCUGGGCCAGAUGCCUCACAUCACCUUCACCAGGCUGGCCAAGAAAUAUGGCAACGUGUACCAGAUACGACUGGGCUGCAGUGACGUCGUAGUCCUCAAUGGAGACAGGGCGAUCCGUCAGGCUCUGAUACAGCACAGCACAGAGUUCGCAGGCAGACCGAACUUCAUCUCUUUUCAGAGUGUCUCGGGGGGCAAAAGUAUGACUUUCACCAAUUACAGCAAACAGUGGAAGAUGCACAGGAAAAUUGCCCAAUCAACAAUCAGAGCGUUCUCAUCCGCCAACAGCCGGACCAAAAAAGCCUUUGAGCAGCAAAUUGUGGCUGAGGCCACAGAGCUAGUUGAGAGUUUCCUUAGACUCAGUGCUCAGGGCCAGUAUUUCAACCCUGCUCAUGAGCUGACAGUGGCUGCAGCUAAUGUGAUUUGUGCCUUGUGCUUCGGAAAACGUUAUGGACAUGAUGAUAUCGAGUUUAGAGCCUUGUUAGAGAGGGUAGAUCAGUUUGGACAGACGGUAGGGGCUGGCAGCUUGGUAGAUGUGAUGCCAUGGCUUCAGUCUUUCCCCAAUCCAGUCCGCCGUGUCUUUACAAACUUCAAAGAGCUGAACCAAGAGUUCUUCAUGUUUGUCCAGAACAAAGUAAAGGAGCACAGAGAGACAUUUGAUCCAGAGGUGACGAGGGAUAUGAGCGAUGCAUUCAUUGGCGUCAUUGACAAAGCUGACAAUGACAACGGACUCACCACAGGCCACACAGAGGGGACGGUGUCUGAUCUGAUUGGAGCAGGUCUGGAUACCGUCUCAACGGCUCUUCACUGGAUCAUCCUUCUUCUGGCUAAACACCCUGAAAUACAAACCAAGCUCCACGAGCAUAUUGACAAAGUGGUCGGCUCAGACAGACUGCCAUCGAUUGAGGACAGAGGCAGCCUGGCAUACGUGGACGCCUUCAUCUACGAAACAAUGCGCUUCACCAGCUUCGUCCCGGUCACCAUCCCCCACUCCACAACCUCAGACACCACCGUUGAUGGUCUCCACAUCCCUAAAGACACAGUGGUCUUCAUCAAUCAGUGGUCCGUCAAUCAUGACCCCCUGAAGUGGAAGGAUCCACAUGUGUUUGACCCCACGCGCUUCCUGGAUGAGAACGGUUCCCUGGACAAGGAUCUCACGAACAAUGUGAUGAUCUUCUCAGCAGGGAAGAGGAGAUGCAUCGGGGACCAGAUCGCCAAAGUCGAGAUAUUUUUGUUCUUUGCAAUUCUGCUCCACCAAUGUAGCUUCAAGAAAUGCCCCAAUCAGGACCUGUCUUUAAAUUGCACAUAUGGUUUAACACUGAAGCCUUUAGAUUACAAGAUCACUGCCAAACUCAGGGGAGAACUGCUCACAGGCCAAUAAAAGCUUGCCUGUGGCUUCUCCGGUGUAUGCGAUAUAAGGUAUGUCUCAAAAUAAAUAUUUAUGCCAUGUAUGACAGCGGAUUUUUUUAAUGUAAUGGGCCUUCAAUUAACCCCCACCAAAAAAAUUCAGAUGAUAAGCCUUCGGACUUCUGCUGAUGUUUCAAAUUGUGCAAAGACUAUACUGUUAUUUCACGGGGUUACAAAACACCAGUGUAUUAAAACUACACAUCCAGAUAAUGACAUUGGGGAACAUGCAAGUCAUUUCUGAACUCAAAGGCAACUCUGAAAGAAAAGCUGUGACUGUAAGUGACUGAGAAACCUAUAUAUAUAUAUGCACUGCAUGAUGUAAGAGACGUACAAAAAUGUAAUUAAAGCUUUGGUGUGGUUGCCCAAAACCACAAUUUAUAAUAAACCCUAUGUAUUCUUAUUUAUAUCAGGGUAUUUUGGGGUGUGUCUCCCAAAUUGCAAUAUAACCCAGUGGUGAUGAACACAUUUCUCUUUCAAUGCUUGCUCCGCUGGUGGGGAGAAACCACGGAGCAGCUGUGUCGUUUCCGCUGAACAAUUAUCCACCCAGACACUCAUUUCUCUGCAUAUGUACUGAACUUCAUUCUGUCAUCUACAUUCAUGUACUCCUGAAUCAUGCAUAAUACUGUUAUUAUAACUUGUGUCACAUGUAACAUGUCUGAAAGACACUAAUUUAAUUGCCUUGUGUAAGUAAUAAGCUGUGUAGUUAUAAAAGCUAAAAAAAUUCAAUGUUUUCAUAAUUUCCCUGUGUGAUACGGUCUGUACUUUACAGUGCGACUAAAACCUUGAAUGUAAAAUAAACCUUUUGUACUGAU